CUUUAAUGGGAUCAUGUUGCACUAGUUCUUAAGGAUAAGAUAAGAAUUGUUAGAUCAUCUUAUAAACAUAAAUACAAAAUACUAUAAUUUCAGACUUUGAUCUUAAAUAUCAUAAACAAAUUCAAUUCAUUUAAGGUAGAAUAGCUAGCUAUAUUAUUUAAGCUUGUGCAAGAGGAUAUUUAGUAAGAAAAAGGUACUAAAGCCUUAUAAAGAAGUUGAAAAAAUAGAAAGUGUUAAAUAAAGAAUAAAAUCAUUAUUCUAAUGAGUUAAGUUUCAAAGACACCUACCAUUUUCAAGAUAUGAAAGCAACUUAAAUACAUAAAAAUUAAGAUUAAUAAGUAUAUAAAGUGAAGAAAUUAGCAAAAGUACCUGAUUAUUUGAGUAUAAGAGUGAAUAAGGUAAUAUGACAUUUUAUUUAAAUUGAAAGAUUCUGUAAUUAUAUACAACUUUUAAAUAUGACAGUGAAGAAGAUAAUUAAUUUAAUUUUCCAAUAUAUUAAUUAGAUGACGGUAGCAUUUAUCAUGGAUAAUGGAAAAAUGGGUAAGAAAAAUCAUUAUUCAGUCUUAGACAUGGAUGUGGUAAAUAAUAUUGGUUAAAUGGAACUUUUUAUGAAGGAUAUUGGGCAUUCAAUAUGUUUGAUGGUCGUGGUAGAUUAGUUCAUAGCGAUGGAAAUAUUUAUGAAGGAGAAUUUAAAAAUGAUAAGGCUUUUGGAAAAGUAAUUUAAAUCUUCAUAGAAAGGGGGUAUUCUACAGUAUUGAUGGAUUAAAAUAUGUUGGUUAAUGGGAAAAUGAUGUAUAAAAUGGACGUGGAAUGGAAAUUUGGCAUGAUGGAACUACUUAUGAUGGAGAAUAUAGAAAUGGAUUAAAAAAUGGAUAAGGUGUAUUUAAAUGGUCAGAUGGGUCAGUUUAUACUGGAUAAUUUGUUGAUGGUAAUAUUGAAGGAAUUGGUAAAUUUUAAUGGGAGGAUGGUAGAAUAUAUUAAGGAUCUUGGAAAAAUAAUUGUAUGCAUGGACAUGGAGUAUAUUAUAUAUUUUCAAUUAUAUUUAUAGUAAUUUAUUUGGCCAGAAAAUAAGGGAAUAUAUGAAGGGAAUUAUAAUAAUGGAGUUAAAGAAGGUUAAGGUCACUUUGAAUGGCCAGAUGGUAGAGUAAUAAUACAUUUCUUUAUUUCAUAGUUUUACAAAGGAGAAUGGUAAAAUAAUAAAUAACAUGGAACUGGAGUUUAUUUAGGCAUUAAUGGAAUUUAAAAAGAAGGUGAAUGGGCUGAUGGAAGACUUGUCAGAUGGAUUAAAGGUAAAGCAAGAUUAUCAAUUGUAUGA